CGAUUAUUAUGCUCAAUCCAAUACUUUGGAAUUCGUUUUUAUUUUUAGCGUACCCAACAUUUUUUAUUGAAGUCAUUUAUUGUCAAUUUGAUAAAUUCAGAUUGAUUGUUAACGAAGGUUAUUGUAUGUUGUUCUAAUGAACUGAUAUCAAUAAUAAAAUAUUGUUUGUGCGUGCAAUAUUAAUACUUUGUUUCGAUGCAAAUAAUUCUUCAACGAUUUCUUCAACAUAUAAUCAAAUAAAUUAAAUACGAAGAAUGGACAUUCGCAGAAUUAUUAUAGAUGUGGAUGUGGGAACAGAUGAUUUUCUGGCAUUAAUAUACCUUAUACAUGCCGAUAAUAAGAAUAAAGUGAAAAUUGAAGGAAUAAUUUGUUCACAUGGAAAUACAGAGCUUGAAAAUGUAGUUGUGAACGUUGUACGAUUAUUAGAGUUACUUCGUAGGACUGACAUACCCGUAUAUAGAGGGGCGAAAUCUCAACUCUUAUCAAUUAAAGUGGAACUUCACAAAUAUCACGGAGAAGACGGUUUUGCUGAUUUGAAACACGAGCAAGUUCCAGAUAUUACAAUAGUUGGUGAUAAACUUGGGAUAAUAGCCUUACACGAUACAGUUAGUCUUUUUCCAAACAAAAUCUCGCUUAUAUGUUUAGGACCGCUCACAACUCUAGCUUUGUCUCUCAAGUUAUUCGACGAUUUGGCUUCUAAACUUAAAGAUGUUUGGAUAAUGGGUGGAAAUUUUACAGCUUCUCUUUUAGGUGUAGGAAAUUGGACGUGUUCAGCUGAAUUUAAUUUCUACACGGAUCCGGAAGCUGCUCAUAUCGUAUUAGAAAGUUUAAAAUGUCCUAUAUUUAUUUUACCUUGGGAAACUUGUCUUAUACCAAAAAUUCCUUUAGAUUGGCGUUUUACAACUUUGGGAACCUCAACUCCAGAAUUAAAGCUGUUAGCAAAGGCAGAACAAAUAAUCUAUAGUAUGCAUGAUUCAGAAGAAUGGGUACCUUGUGACACAUUCUUGGUAUUCUGUUAUAUGAAUCCUGAGAAGCAUAUUAACAAGUUUUCCUCGCAUUAUGCUUCAGUUGAACUUCACGGAACGCUUACCAGAGGUCAAGUAGUAUUGGAUCAUAUGAAAAAGUUCAAACCGAACGUCACCAUUAUAGAAGAUAUUGACGCUGAAUUAUUUAAACAAGAAAUGCUAGAACUAAGAGGUGGAGAUGAUAAUGGAAAUGACGAUAUAUGAUUCACAUUUUCAUUCAUUUAUUUAAUUUGUUUUAUUGUUGUAGGUGUUUGUAGGAGGUAAUUUACCAAUUGAAAUAAAGUCAGUCUAACAUCACAGAUUAACAAGAUUUUUAUCUAUGGAUUUUCAAUAUUGUAAUUGUUCUUACUCUUAACGAUGAUAUGUAUAAUUUUAUGCAAUGAUAUUAGUCAUUCGUUAUGUGAAAAAUCAGGUCAUAAUUAAAUAAUAAUGCAUUAUUUUGUUAUAA